CCGGCCGGCCAGUAAUGGCUGACGCUGCUAUCGUACAACUGUCGAGUGUUUUCUAUCUUUAAAACCGUAUUAUCUUUCACAUUUGUUCUUUAAAUUCGUCAUUAGAAUUAAAUUGUAUGCUGAAAAACAUACUAGUUAACAAUUUCGACAAGAUUUCGUGGUGAUUAUGAGUAAAUAAGUGUUAAAAUUACAAAAUAAAGUGAAAACGGCGACGAAACGGCGCGCGUAGAACCGGAUCGCAAUGUCAAGCAAACGCAAACGCGUAAGAAAGCAGGAGGUGGAGACGCGAGACCUGAUCCGGUUGAUCGAAGUGCGGCCGUGCCUCUGGGACCGGACAAACCCGGACUACCGGGUCCGGACAGCCAAGGAGGCGGCCUGGAACGAGGUGUACCGGCUGUUACAGCCCAACUAUGACGACUGCGGCGAGGAGACGAAGGCUUUGAUGAGAUCCCAUAUCACCCGGAAAUGGUACAACGUUCGAGAUUCCUACGUGAAGUCAAGAAAGCAAAAUUCCCGUUAUAGCCCUUACAUUUACUCUCAGUACCUCACCUUUUUGGACACCAUGCUUUUCGACGACAACGAUAACGGAGAAGGGAGCACCGAAGAGAGUCAAAUGGAAAACAUAGAGGAACAUUGGCUGAGUGAUGUAAUGGUUCUAGAAGAUGAUGCUUCAGAACCAGAAACAAAGAACGUUAAGGAGUCAGACAAAGCACUAGAGACUGAUGACACUAUAGUAGCUGUACUAGCAAAUUUAAUACAAAAAGAAGAAGACGAAGAUAGGGCAUUCUUCAAAUCUAUAGUACCUAUGGUGAAAAGUUUGAGUGAAGACUCGAGGCUAGAAUUUAGGAUACAAGUGAUGAAUCUGCUGAAAAUAUUAAAAAGUAAGGAUAAAGAAGAAUCGCGUGUUAAAAAGGAACAAAAAAGCAGUAAGAGGUGUGACGAUGAUGACGAAUGACGUA